CCUGCAUCCACCCAGCUGCCACCUUGUGAGCUAUAAGAGCACCCAGACUUCCGGACCAGCUUUGGGCGGGUGCCAUGUGAGCCCAGCCUGGUUUCCCCUCCUACUGGCCCUCCUUUCUUUCCUCCUCCUGCCUGCCAGUGUCCACUCAACCUCUCCAAAGAGGGACUUGGCAUCAUGUCUCUACUCAACCCUAUCCUGCUGCCCCCUAAGGUGAAGGCAUAUUUGAGCCAAGGGGAGCGCUUCAUCAAAUGGGAUGAUGAAACUGCAAUUGCUGCCCCGGUCAUCCUCCGUGUGGAUCCCAAGGGCUAUUACUUAUACUGGACAUACCAGAGUAAGGAGAUAGAGUUUCUGGACAUCACUAGCAUCCGAGACACCCGCUAUGGGAAGUUUGCCAAGACGCCCAAGAGCCAGAAACUCCGGGAGGUCUUCAACAUGGACUUUCCAGACAACCACUUCCUGAUGAAGGCACUCACAGUGGUGUCCGGCCCUGACAUGGUAGACCUUACCUUCCACAACUUUGUCUCUUAUAAGGAGAACGUUGGCAAGGACUGGGCUGAGGAUAUAUUAGCCCUGGUCAAGCACCCGCUGACAGCCAACGCCCCCCGGAGCACCUUCCUGGACAAAAUCUUGGUGAAGCUCAAAAUGCAGCUGAACCCCGAAGGGAAGAUCCCCGUAAAGAAUUUUUUCCAGAUGUUUCCUGCUGAUCGAAAACGUGUAGAGGCGGCUCUCGGUGCUUGCCACCUUGCAAAAGGCAAGAACGAUGCUAUCAACCCCGAGGACUUCCCAGAGUCUGUGUAUAAGAGCUUCCUCAUGAGCCUGUGUCCUCGGCCAGAAAUUGAUGAAAUCUUCACUUCCUACCAUGCGAAGGCCAAGCCCUACAUGACCAAGGAACAUCUGACCAAAUUCAUCAACCAGAAACAGCGGGACUCACGGCUCAACACCCUGCUGUUCCCUCCAGCCCGGCCUGAUCAGGUGCAGGGUCUCAUCGAAAAGUACGAGCCCAGCGGCAUCAAUGUGCAGAGGGGCCAGCUGUCACCCGAGGGUAUGGUCUGGUUUCUCUGUGGGCCAGAGAACAGCGUGCUGACCCAGAACACGCUGCUGCUCCACCAUGACAUGACACAGCCACUCAAUCACUACUUCAUCAACUCUUCACACAACACCUACCUGACAGCCGGCCAGUUCUCAGGCGUGUCCUCGGCUGAGAUGUACCGCCAGGUGCUGCUGUCUGGCUGCCGGUGUGUGGAGCUAGACUGCUGGAAGGGGAAGCCCCCGGAGGAGGAGCCGAUCAUCACCCAUGGCUUCACCAUGACCACAGACAUCUUGUUCAAGGAAGCAAUCGAAGCCAUUGCAGAAAGUGCCUUUAAGACCUCCCCCUACCCUGUCAUCCUGUCAUUUGAAAACCAUGUGGACUCGCCCCGACAACAGGCUAAGAUGGCUGAGUACUGCCGAACCAUGUUUGGGGAAAGCUUGCUUACAGAGCCCCUGGAAAAGUUCCCUUUGAAACCUGGCAUCCCUCUCCCCAGCCCUGAGGAGCUCCGGGGCAAGAUCCUCAUCAAGAACAAAAAGAACCCGUUUCCUGGUGCAGUAGCCCCCAGCAAGAAGCCUGGUGGAGAGGCUGAGGGCAGUGCCCCCAUGGGAGAGGACACAGUGUGGGCUGCUGAGGAAGUGGCUGAGGUAGAGGAGGUGGACGAGGAGGAGGAGGAGGAGGAGUCGGGAAGCCUAGAUGAAGAAGAGAUGAAGAAGAUGCAGUCUGAUGAGGGCACGGCGGGCCUGGAGGUGACAGCUUAUGAGGAAAUGUCCAGCCUCGUCAAUUACAUCCAGCCCACCAAGUUCAUCUCCUUUGAGUUCUCUUCCCAGAAGAACCGAAGUUAUGUCAUCUCCUCCUUCACCGAGCUCAAGGCCGCUGACCUGCUCUCCAAAGCCUCAGUGCAGUUUGUGGACUACAACAAGCGCCAGAUGAGCCGCGUGUACCCCAAGGGCACCCGCAUGGACUCCUCCAACUACAUGCCCCAGAUGUUCUGGAAUGCUGGAUGCCAGAUGGUUGCCCUCAACUUCCAGACAAUGGACCUGCCCAUGCAGCAGAACAUGGCACUGUUUGAGUUCAACGGACAGAGUGGCUACCUCCUCAAGCAUGAAUUCAUGCGCCGGCCGGACAAGCAGUUUAACCCCUUCUCGGUGGACCGCAUCGAUGUGGUGGUAGCCACCACCCUUUCCAUUACGGUGAUCUCUGGGCAGUUCCUGUCAGAACGCAGUGUGCGCACCUAUGUGGAAGUAGAACUGUUCGGCCUCCCAGGGGACCCCAAGAGGCGCUAUCGCACCAAGCUGUCACCCAACACCAACUCCAUUAAUCCUGUCUGGAAGGAGGAACCCUUUGUCUUUGAGAAGAUCUUGAUGCCUGAGCUGGCCUCCCUUAGAGUGGCUGUGCUGGAAGAAGGCAACAAAUUCCUCGGACACCGAAUCAUCCCCAUCAAUGCUUUAAAUUCUGGGUACCACCAUCUGUGCCUGCGCAGUGAGAGCAACAUGCCCCUCACCAUGCCUGCGCUCUUCGUCUUCUUGGAGAUGAAAGACUAUGUACCUGACACCUGGGCAGAUCUCACUGUGGCGCUCGCUAACCCCAUCAAGUACUUCAAUGCCCAUGACAAGAAGUCUAUGAAGCUCAAGGAGGCCACAGGAAGUCUGCCUGAGAAGCCUUUCCCAUCCCUGAAUCCCGCUGCCUGCCAGGCCAAUGGGACAACAUCAUCAGCCCCAGCAGGCAAUGGGUCUGCAGCUGCUGGGGCCACUGCGAAGGAGACCAAGAAAGAAGCGGCAGAGCCGCAGACGGCCAGCCUGGAGGAGCUGCGGGAGCUGAAGGGCCUGGUGAAGCUGCAGCGGAGACACGAGAAGGAGCUGCGGGAGCUGGAGAGGCGCGGCGCCCGGCGCUGGGAAGAGCUGCUGCAGCGCGGCGCGGCGCAGCUGGCGGAGCUCCAGGCGCAGCAGGGCGCGGGCUGCAAGCUUCGCCCAGGCAAGGGCUCCCGCAAGAAGAGGACCCUGCUCGGCGAGGACACUGGCGCGCUGGCGCCCGCCGAGGGCCCCGAGGGCGCGGACGCGCGCGUGCGGGAGCUGAGGGACUGGCUGGAGCAGGAGCUGCUGCAUCACGGCGAGGAGCAGCACCGGUGCAUCCUGAAGCGCAAGGAGCAGCACGCGGCCGAGCAAACAGCUAAGAUGAUGGAGCUGGCCAGGGAGAAACAGGCCGCGGAGCUGAAGACCUUCAAGGAGACCUCAGAAAUGGACACCAAAGAGAUGAAGAAGAAGUUGGAGGCCAAAAGGCUGGAGCGGAUCCUGGCCAUGACCAAAGUGACCACAGACAAGGUGGCCCAGGAGAGGCUGAAGAGAGAGAUUAACAACUCACACAUCCAGGAAGUGGUGCAGGCUGUCAAACAGAUGACAGAGACCCUGGAUCGGCAGCAGGAGAGGCUGGAGGAGAAGCAGGCCGCGUGCCGGGAGAAGAUCCUGGAGCUGGAGAAGCAGUUCCAACAGGAGGCGCUGGCGGAGUACGAGGCCGGGAUGAAGGGCCUGGAGGCCGAGGUGAAGGAGUCGGUGAGGGCCUGCCUCAGGGCCUGCUUCCCCUCUCAGUCCGAGAACAAUCCUGAGAGGUCCUGUAAAGUCUUCAGUGAGCUGUGCCUGCAGGAUUCACCCACAGAUAAGGCUGAUGCCCAGGAGAGCCGCCUCUGAUGCCCCCAUCUUUGUUGGGAUGGAGCAAGGAUGUUUCACAUCUUCUUGGGCACAUGGCCACGGUUCCCAGGAGGAAAGGGCUCCUUUUGGGGUGCUGCAGGCCCUCUUCAGCAGGUAGAGGAGGCAGGAAAAAAGGACCACCAGGACAGGGCCCAAGUAGGGUCCAAGAGUCUUUUCCAAGCUCCCCGCUCUUCCCCCACCUGUUAAUAGUAUCAUCUGUUCCCUGAGGGCAGAAGACUGCAGACUGUGAGUCAGAAAACCAAGUCAUGCUACCCACCCUGCCUUUCCCAGUGCUCAACUGGUGGCGCCCCGCUCAGAAUGCAACUUCUCCUGGAGGCUGGGACCUGCCCCAUUGGAGCCUUUACUCUUGUACCUGUGGCUCAAGCAGGACCGAUCCCAAGCCCCCCUGUCCUGUUGUGGCACGGGCUUCCUGGCCACAUAUCAGACCUGCCCUGAAUAGGGAGUGUAGCUAGGCAAAGAUGGACGCUUCCUCAAAGCUUCCUGGAAACAGCUGCCCUCAGGAUGGUAACUGAGGCCCCUCCUGCAUCUCUUGUCUGUGGAGUACAGGAGGCCCACAUGGAAAAGCGGCCUCAGCUGUCCUUUGCUGCUGACACAUGUGUCGUGUGAUGAAGGGAGACGGGCCUCUCGGGUGCUCCUCUACCCUGAACCUUGCUCACCUUUUUUUCUGAGCUUGAGACAGGUACCUCCUGGCAGGCACCUCCGCUGGGCUGCCUCAGGAGGUCAGUGUCAAGAGCUCUUCCGGUUUAUUUAUUGCUCUCCUUCCUACUCCUUACUAAAGAAGCCUAACCCUGUGUCUCCUGCCUUAGCCUGGUCUCUCUGUUCUGCACUUGUAAAAGGGUAGAAGAGGAAUGCAGUACCCCUGGAAUGACGUGCCUCAGGGUAAAAGAAUUCCCUUGGGGGGCUGGAGAGAUGGCUUAGCGGUUAAGGUGUUGGCCUGCAAAGCCAACGGACCUAGGUUCGAUUCCUCAGGAGCCACGUUAGCCAGAUGCACAAGGUGGCACAUGCAUCUGGAGUUUCUCUCUCCCUCUCUUUCUCUCUCUCUGUCAAAUAAAUAAAAAUAAAGUAUUUUUUAAAAAAGUAAUUCCUUUGGGAGCUGAACAGAAUGCGUGCUCUAAGAUAAAUGGCCCUGCCUCUGGAUUCACAUGGGGAGAGUAGCUUCCUCUUCUGCUGGCCCCCAUACCACAGCCACAGGAAGAUGAUUUCACUCGCUCUUCUCCACCCUGACACGGAUGUGGCCCUUCCUUUUCUCUGCUCCUAGAACUGGAGCAAAUGAGUCCUGCUAACAAGGUACAAAAUGCUGUCCUUCCCGGGACACACAGAGCCCAUGGGCUGUAAUUUGGACACUAGGCCCUAGUACAAAAGUGUCCCCUCAUGCUCUUGGUGGCCCCAAAUCUCUAGGUUACUGGGACCUCUUUAAGAAGACCUAGGAUGGGGCUGGAGAGAUGGCUUAGCGGUUAAGCGCUUGCCUGUGACGCCUAAGGUUCAAGGCUUGACUCCC